UAAAUGUUAUCAAAUUCCGGAUUUGUUUUUAUUUUUCAAAAUUUUUUACAGUUUUUGGAAAUUUUUCACCGAAUUUUAAUUAAAAUCAAUCGAUAAACUCUCGUUAUUAUUUAAAAUGCUACAUUAAUCGAUAUAGUUCUCCAUUUUCCCGAUUUUUUCAACCAUGAGCGCCGAAAACACCAUAUUAAUAGUUUCCGAAAAUGGCGACAAUAACAAAAACCAAAUCAAAAAAGACGAUGUAUUCCGCCUUCACGAAGUUAAUUGGAUGGUAAACGUAACUCCCAUGUCGGAUUCGCACCGAGACCACAUAGAAUCCAGAGCUAUUCUCCAACUGAAAACUACUAAUAAAAAUUCUCCACCCGAGACCACCGUGAUGGAUUUUAAACUAGAAGAACUUAGUAAAUUUUUCCAAACGCUCGAAAAUAUACAAGAUAAAUUAGACGAUUUGGUCGAAUCGAACGAAGCGAAUAAAAUUAACAAUAGUAACGGAAAUGAUGGAAAUACCUAAUCGUACAGAUGAGAGAUGAAAUUUAUGUGAUAAUCUGCUCUUUCUGCGUCUAUUUAUAAACUACAUAUUCAUUCGUUUAUUAAUUCACUCGGCAACGUUUGAAGUGAUAUCUUUAUUAUACGUAAUCUCCGUUAAAACUUUUAUUUUUAUGUUUUUAGUUAAUCGAAUUUCGAAUUAUAUAAGUUUUUGUUAUUCA